AUGAGGCUGUCUAGAGCAUUGCAAAAAUCCAUCCCGCUGCCGCGCUUCAGCACGAGCCGGCUGUCCCGCAGGGAUAACAUGGCCGAGCAGGAGCGUGCCACGUUCUACUACUCCAACAUGUUCUGCGUGGCCAUCACUGCGCUGCCCAUCGCGUACUUGCUGAAGGCGAAUUACUGGAGCAGCCCAGAACAGGAAAAUCUCCACUUCGUACUCACUCACAACGAGCAUCACAUCAAGGCGCCCAAGCAGUUGCCUAUGUAA